UGUUUAUGAUGAGUAUGAAAGUAUCAUUGAUAAAAUGUAUUCUGAUUAUAUUAUUUUUGAUAAUAAGGAUUUUAUUUGUGUAAAUUGUCGUGAAUUAAGAGAAUGUGUAUAUUACAAUAAACAUUAUCAACUUCGUUUAGAAAAUUCUUGUAACUUAUCUAAAUACAUAUCUCUUUUUGAUGAACUUAUUCGUUUAUAA